AUGAAUAGAUACCAGAAUUACGACGAUGGCGACUCCCGACGCUCACCACGCGACCCAUCUCCAGGGCCACGCUACAAUGAUGGGUUCGGCAGAGGCGGUGCGCUGCGUGGGAGUUAUUCAGAGAGCCUACGAGCCGAGACCUCGCCCGAGAUCCACCACGAGGUCCCAAAAACUACCCCGACGCUCCAACAGGCCCGCGCUCAUCCAGUCAUUCUGAGUUUCGGGGCGAUUUCGGCGGGUAUCGAGGCGAGUUCAGAGGCGAUCGAGGACGUGGAAGAGGCCGAGGAUGGUGGGACGAUAGUCGUGACAGAGGACGUGAACCCGACCGAGAAUACAGAGACAGAAGAGACGAAAGACAACAAUCAUUUCGUGAAGAUAGAGGAGGCCGAGUUGAGCGGUGGGCUGGACGGGAGAGACGGGCCUCUGGCCGUGGAUAUUGAUCGUGCUCUGAGAGGAUCAAGAGAUGGACCGCUCUGUGGUGGUUCUCCUGCCUCGGAUUCAAAUCAUUCUCAUUCCUUUGGUCGCGGCUAUGGUAGAGCUUCUCGAGCUGGACGACCGCGAGGGAGAGGAAAUUUCUACGAAGAAGGUUUCCACAAAGUUGAUUCUAGAAGUCGGUCGCCUACCCCUGUCUAUCGGCGAUCUCGGCCUUCAGCUACACCACCUCCACAAGUUCCAGCAUUUGGAUCCUCGGCAAAUCUGGCUAUGCCCCUAACUUCUGCCCCUAUUACAUCAGGACCAGUUCCAGGGGUUGCUGUGCCGACUGCUCCCCGCUUGCAGAGAAUCGUUACAAGAAUUGUUCAUCAAGUUGCCAGCUCUGCCCCACGGCAUGCAGAUGCUACUGUGAGAAAAGAUCCUCCUAGCCAGGCUUUACAAUUAAAUCUGGCCCCUGAAGGCGGUCCUCAAAGUGCUCUACCUUCGAAGGACAAUGAGAUUCCUCGGGAGAGCAUGCCAACGGCUAAUCUAUCCGACAAUGUCGCCAGCCCAAUUCGAGAGAUUCGGCCUGCAAUUCAAUCAGUAGUUCCUGCUCAACAAAAGCCUGUCCCCCGUGUUCCGCGCCACCCUAUAAUAGGAAAGCGUGUUGUGGUACCUCCACCACAUCCUGAGGCCACUCAAGAAGCUUCCGACUCGGAAUCUGAAGAUGAACUUAGUGAUGGUUAUUUUGUGGAAGAAAUUGCCAAGAUCGACGCAGAGAUGACCAGAGUUAACUCGGAGAACCCAUUGAAUCCUCGUCCGGAGCCACCGGCGGUCCUGCUCAAGCCAUUUAUUGAGUACACAAUUGAUAAACUGGUCGAGGCAACAACAUCAACACCAGCUGAUGCAUGCAUUCCUGUGGAAGUCAAGGUUGAAGAAGCCACACCUCAGUCAGCUGCACCAGUCCCACCUGUUCCAUCAAAGCAGAAGGAGCCAAAUAGGAGCAGGUCUUCAACGCCAGCAAUGGUUUCGAACGUCAAGCCGACUGGUAGAACUCGCCCUUCUACACCACUAAUUGAGCCGAAGAGCGCUGAAACUGCCAAAACCAGCCCGAAAGACACAUUUGCACUUACGCCUGGGCCAUUUGCAUCCUCAAAGACUCCACUUCCCAGUGUAGAGCAACCAGAACCACCCAUAGCGCAGCCAAUAGCCCCCAUUCGAUCGAUCGAGCAGGCUUUGGGUGCUCGGGCUGAACAACUGCAGCCUAAAGCCAUUGCAAAGCCCAUAAGCAAUAUUACAGCCAAGAGAUCUGUCCCCAUAGACAUAUUCUCGGAGAGUGAGGGUGAAAUGACAGAGGCAGAGAAUGCGGAAGUACUCGAAGCUGUUCUUGAAUCUGUUCGGCCUCGAAUGAAGACGCCGCCAAUCUCUAGCCUGCCUGACUUUGGCGUCAUCUUGAAAUGGUCCGAAAACUACGAGUUUCUCAAGACGCUGGAACCCAAUCCGGUAGUCAACGCGCGGAUCAGGCAGAAGCUAGUCUCGGAUAAAAACCGCAAGAAAGAAGAGCAAGAAGCAGCUCGUAAGAGGUGGGGCGAGCUGUACUUAAAAUACCGCAUGUGGACAGACUUUUCAGAAGAUCCAAUUGCAGUGCGCAGCAGAGAGAAAUUUGCGAAAGCGAGAGCCAAGGACGCUGCUGAUGAGGCUGCAGCUCAGCAGGCUUUGUUGGAGCCCUCUGCCGGAUCAAAACCUGAGGGAACUCGCCGUGGCCGCUUUGCGACAGAGGCCGAUAUUGAAAGAGUUCUUCAAGAGUCUGCACUGGAGGCAAAAGAAUCCAAGGAAAAGGAGAGCCGAGCUGCUAGAGCAAAGACCGCUAGUGCCAAGGAAGCUACCAUUCCAGAUUGUGCCUGGGAUGAAGAGGAACGAAAAGGCAUGCGAUUCAUUGAUAAGACUCAUCUGGUUUCAUUCGAGAGAUCAUUUGCGGUCUUGGAAUUUGGGGAGCCAAUUGAUAACUUCACCGAGGAGGAAUCUGGAAUUUUUGAGAAGGUCUACUUGGAGUUUCCGAAACAGUGGAGCAAGAUCGCAGCUGCGCUGCCGAGAAGAGACUAUAAGGCUUGCAUUCAGCACUAUUAUCUUGUCAAGCACAGCUCGAACUUGAAGGAAAAGCUGAAGAAGCAGCCAAAGAAGCGAAAGAGCAGAACAACUAAGGCCAAGAACCCGAAGGCCAACGUUCUUAUGGCUGACAUUGGUCAGAAUCGAGAGGAAGCGGAGGACGGUCCAGAUGGCGACAAUGGAGAGAAACGAGGACGCCCUCGCAGAGCUGCAGCACCGACUUUCAACUCGGAGACUCUAGCUAGUGAAAGCGAGGUUGCCAGCCCAGCGCCAACCCCGGGACGAAAAUCUGCUGCUGUGCCAAAGGGCGACAUGAGCAAUGAUGCCCCCCCUACCAAGAAAAAGGCUCGAGCUGGUCGCGAAAAGAGCACAAAACAAGCUAAGAACAGUCAACUGCUUGCCGCCGCUCCAUCCGUUGUAGCUGCCAGUCGCCGAGCAGAGUCUCCAGCUACUUCUGUCCCACCGACACCAUGGGGUCGUCGCGAGCCUAGCGGACCUCCUCUUCCUCAGUAUCCCCCUCAAUAUGAUGGCCCCGGACCAAGUCAGAACUUGUCUCUCAAUUUCAAUGCUCCAUUCCCAUCACCUCCGGUAAUGGAUAGACCAACGUCCAUGGGGACGAUAACUUUUGAGAAUGCGCCACAGCAAUUUCCCACCCCCCAAGAACGUUUCGAGUCGGCUCCACCGUCAAGCUUCGAUGCUCAACAAGAGCGCAGAAAUAUCCAACAGACAUCAAGUUAUUGGAGUGUUCCUGAGCAAAACGAUUUUCCUGCGUUAUUGAGACACUUUGGCACUGAUUGGCAUGGGAUCGCGAAAUGGAUGACAUCCAAAACUCACAUAAUGACACAGGUCAAGAACUAUUACCAACGUCAGGUGGACUCAGGCAAGAGAGAUUGGGAGGCAUUAGCCAAGGAGGCAGAUGAGAAGCGGGAUCGGCAUGAACCCACCGAUCCUCUUCCGACACCUACGGUUUACCCGACGAAGAGACGAUAUGAAGUCACUCCUGGCGGAAUUUCUAGAUCGGCAUCUGCGGUUGAUCAGGGCGAAGACAUGAUCCCUUCUGGCCAGAGUACCUUGAUGCCUCAAGUUUCUCCGGCUAAGUCAAGCACGGGAAGCCAUUUUCCUACAUUGGCCAUGGCCAAGAUAGCCACUCAGAUCCAACCCGCCACAUCUACCUCGACUAUUUUCACUAAGCACUUGACUCCUCAGCCCAUUCAACAAGCCCCCCAACAAGCCCCCCAACAAGCCCCCCAGAAGGCUCCUCAGCAAGCUCCUCAGCAAGCCCCCCAACAAGCCCCCCAAAAGGCUCCUCAGCAAGCUCCUCAGCAAGCUACUCAGCAGGCUCCUCAGCAGGCUCCUCAGCAGGCUCCUCAGCAGGCUCCUCAGCAGAUACAGCAACAUAUACAGCAGCAACCUCGGCCCCCAAGAGGACCCGCCAUGGGAUACUUCUCAACGGACAAUCCCCGACCUAUUAUUCAAGCCGAUGCCACUCUGUCUCAGCGCUCCCUCAUGGCCGCUCAAGAUGCUGAAAUCGAGAGACAGACUGCACUGAAGAAGCAAAAAGAGCAGCAGCAACAACGAGAUCAGCAAGCCCAGAGAGAGCUUCUCCAGCAGAGAGAGGCUACACAACUGAGAGAGGCUACACAACUGAGAGAGGCUACCCAACUGAGAGAGGCUACACAACUGAGAGAGGCUACACAACUGAGAGAGGCUACACAACUGAGAGAGGCUACACAACUGAGAGAAGCUACUCAACUGAGAGAAGCUACUCAACUGAGAGAGGCUACACAACUGAGAGAAAACCAAAUGCAGAGAGAUCAACGGCUGAUGAUGCAGCAACGCGAUCAACAAGCGAUGCAACCGCAGCAACGUGACCAACAAGUCAUGCAACCGCAGCAAAAUAUUCAUCGAGAUCGCCAAUUUCACAUGAAGCAAGAGAAUGAGACAUCAAAUCCGCACCAGUAUGAGGCUUACUCGACCCCAUCUAUGGUCAGUGGUAUUGCGCCUCAACAAAGAUCAGAACUUCCGCAGCAAAUUGUUCCUCUGCCCUCUGAGGUCCGGCGAACUGCGCCUCCCCAACACCAGUCCCAUCCACCUCAGCAUACACCCCAGCAGUAUCAACCUCGUGGCAGUCAGAUCGUGCGGUCAUUCCCCGGUGAUGUUCUUGGUGCUCGUGAGAAUCAGUCGACUCCUAUACUUGCUGCUCCUCGCCCGCCUAUGAGUGCGCCACCCGCAAACCAAGAGAUUUACUCAGCACCCCCUUCAGUCCCUCAGCAGAAUGCUCAAGGUCCCCCACAACAGGCCCCCGUGGCAGCAACUCGGCAACCGGAGCCAGCUAGGAAAUCGAAUAUCAUGUCACUACUCAACGACGAACCGAGUGAUCCUCGACCAACUCCUGCAAAGCGAGUCAGUGAUGUCUCGAGUUCUUCUCACCAGCCAACGCGCACUCCACCGCCACAACACCAAAUACAUCCUUCCCGAUACUCUUCUCAGCCGUUACAGGGCACUUCUCAGCCACAUCCUCACAUGGCCCAGUCAAUGGCAUCUCAACCUCCAGCUCAGCAGCAGGUCCAUGCUUCACCACACACCUUUGCACAGCCUACCCCACACCACUUGCACCAACACUCGUCGUCGUUGGGACGAAGCUACACCCCUACAAGUUUCGAUGGUCGUCCUGGCUACGGUCAACAGCAAAUGCAGCAGCAACAGCCGCCGCAAAUGUAUUCCCAGCCACCCGCUCGUCAGUCGAUGACCUCCCAGCCUGCACAAGUCCGUCGAGAGCCGUCGCUUGGUGACCUGCAUGGCAUGUCGGCCUCUGGUGGAUACCCUCGCUCCGCAGCUCCUUCUCAACCUGGUAUGCGAUUGAAGGAUUCCCCAUAUUCGGCGACUCCUCCACCACAAGCAUCUCAGGGCAUCCGUCAAACUGCUGGCUCGCCUCGUGAUAUCUCUGCCGACCAACGAGAUUAUUACCAACGCCAACCGCAAUCUGGCUAUUUUAUGCAGCAGCAGCAACACCAUCCAGCCGCAUCGCCUCGGCUUGGGCCAUCUUAUCAGACGCAACCUCAACAAACCCAGCCAGCCAAUCAUCGUCAGCUUGCCUUCGGCGGCCAGAACUCUCAUGUACCCAGCCCGCCUACGCAAUACUCAAGACAUGCCAGUUUCGAUAGUCGAUAUCAGCCUUCUGGUCCAUCAUCUGCGCCCACGUCGGCACACCCAGGUUAUUCUCCACAUACACCUGGUCCGAGAAUGGGUGUUCCGAGACACAUGACCGAUCAGGAGCGCAUGCUGAAUGCCGAGAUGGAACGCCGAAGAGAGCAAGAGGAACUUCAUAGAGCCGAAGCUCAGGCAGCACGGGAUAGAGGGUCGAUCCGAUCUCCUGGCUCCGAGUAUCAGCGUCCUAGUCAAGACGACCGGGAUUUCUAUCAACAAAUGAACGAUCUCCACCGAGGUCGUUGA